UUUCGGAUCGUUUUGCGGAGUCGAAGUCGCAGACGGAAGGAGAAGAAGAAGAAGUUCGGAGAAGGUGCGAGAAGACCGGUGCGUGAUCGGCGGAGCUCCAUCCUCGGGCCGGAGCUUACUCUUUCGGUCGAUAGCGAUCGAGUUUCCGGGAGGGAAAUUCCGGCGGAAAGCGCGAGGAGGGAGUCUUUCCGGCCUGUUCGAGCUUCGCGUGUUUUUUUUUUUUUGGCUCUUUUGAUGAGAUUGUGAGGGGGGGAAGAAGUUAUGGUGGCUGAAGCAGAGGUCGCGUGUCGGCAGAGCGUGCCCGCGCUGGAGGUGCCGUACCUCGCGGCCGCGAGAGCGAGCGCGAUCGAGGAGCUGGUCGCCGUCUCCUCGCCUCUCUCGCACCCUGCCGUCGAGGGGGUUCGCGCGUCGGAGGCCGCCGCCGCCGCCGCCGAUGUCCCCGCUUCUCAAGUGGAAAUCACAUCGGCAGAUAAUACUCCUGAUGCGUUUCUGGAGGCAGUUGUUGCACAGUUUGUGCCUACUAUUCGUUCUGGUAACUCUGCAGAUAUUGGGCCCCGGAGAUUUAUGGAAGAUGAACACAUUCGCGUAGAUGAUUUGUCCACGCAUUUAGGAUCGCCUUACCGGUUUCCUAAACCGAGUGCUUUUUAUGGGGUGUUUGAUGGUCAUGGAGGAGCUGAAGCAUCAGCCUUCAUUAGAAAAAAUGUUAUCCGACUCUUCUUUGACGAUGCCGAAUUUCCUCAGUCAUGUGAAGUUAACGACUCAUUCUUGGGUGAGGUCGAGAAUUCUCUCCGAAAAGCAUUUCUUCUCGCGGACCGUGCUUUGGCAGACGAUGCUAGCGUCAGUAGUUCUUCUGGAGCCACAGCUCUCAUUGCAAUGAUUCUUGGAAGGCAUCUCGUGGUGGCCAAUGCUGGUGACUGCCGUGCAGUUCUCUGCCGGAGAGGCGAGGCCAUCGACAUGUCCCAAGACCAUAAACCAAUAUACCCUUCAGAACGGAGGCGAGUCGAAGAACUGGGCGGUUUUGUCGAUGAUGGAUACCUAAAUGGCAUCUUAUCGGUCACUCGAGCUCUGGGCGACUGGGACAUGAAGUUCUCUCGGGGCUUUCCCUCGCCUCUGAUUUCCGAGCCCGAGUUCCGGCGAGCUCUCCUGAUGGAGGAUGACGAAUUCCUCAUAAUAGGUUGUGACGGGAUCUGGGACGUGAUGUCCAGUCAGCAUGCCGUCAACAUUGUGCGCCGUGGGCUCCGCCGGCACGAUGACCCAGAACAGUCUGCGAGGGAUCUCGUUAAGGAGGCGCUGCGCCUCAACACGACCGACAACCUCACAGUGAUCGUCGUGUGCUUCACGCCGCUCGAUCAUUGGCAGCAGCCGUCGCCUCGACCACGGAGGAUGAGGUGCUGCAGCUUCUCGGCCGAGGCGCUCUGCAGUCUGAGGAACCUGUUGGAUGGCAGCGGCAGCCAUUGAUGGCGCAUAACUAUUCCUUUACGAAAGUUCCAUUCAUCCCGGAGGGAGCUUGGAAUUGCAACUGUUGCUUCGGCUCGCUUCGAGUGGGGUCGGCUGCGAACAAGAGCGGGUCGCAGUUUUGUUAGGUCUUACAACUUCAGCCCGUCGUUUCGUGUACAUAAACAGAUCUGUAACGAGCGAGACGCACGCUUUGAUGGUGUAGUACAGCCGAGUGAGUUUAGGGUCAUCCUGUCCAUGGAUGGACCUUUUCGAUGUUCUCAUUGCUUACGUGGGUGGCGUUGUAUAUAUUGCGGUCCCUAAUAAAAUCACUUAUUCGUCCUCGAUUCUUGAAAAA